ACGAGGACAAAUGCUGCAAAACCAGGACACCAUGGAAAUCCUAAGCAACUUGACAUCUAAAUUUCCAACCUUCUUGUUGACCAGCAUUCCUGGCCUAGAGUCUGCCCGUGCCUGGAUCUCCAUUCCUUUCUGUUGUCUUUACGCCAUUGCCCUCUCUGGGAACACCAUGAUCCUGUUCAUCAUCAUUACCCAGCAGAGUCUCCAUGAACCCAUGUAUUAUUUUCUCUCCAUGCUGUCAGCCACUGAUCUGGGCUUGACUGUUUCUACAUUGUCAACAACAUUAGGUAUCCUCUGGUUUGAUGCCCAUGAAAUUAGUCUAGAUAACUGCAUUGUCCAGAUGUUUUUUCUUCAUGGAUUCACUUUUAUGGAAUCUGGGGUGCUGGUGGCUAUGGCCUUUGACCGUUAUGUGGCCAUCUGUGAUCCUCUGAGGUACACUACCAUUCUCACUAAUUCCAGAAUCAUUCAGAUGGGUCUCCUAAUUAUUACACGUGCUACAGUACUAAUGGUGCCACUACUUUUGCUCCUUAAGCCUCUCUAUUUCUGUAGAAUGAAUGCCCUUUCCCACUCCUACUGUUACCAUCCAGACGUGAUUCAAUUAGCAUGUUCAGACAUUCGGGCUAACAGCAUCUGUGGAUUAAUUGAUCUUACCCUGACCACUGGAAUAGAUAUGCCAUGUAUCGUCCUGUCGUAUAUCUUAAUUAUUCACUCUGUCCUCAGAAUUGCCUCCCCUGAAGAACAGCACAAGGUCUUCAGCACCUGUGUCUCCCACAUGGGAGCAGUUGCUAUCUUCUACAUCCCCAUGCUGAGCCUGUCCUUGGUGCAUCGCUAUGGUCACUCAGCCCCCAGAGUGGUCCAUUCAGUGAUGGCCAAUGUAUACAUGCUUUUGCCCCCUGUGCUCAACCCCAUCAUCUACAGUGUAAAAACAAAACAGAUACGCAAGGCUGUACUCAGUAUGCUGCUUACAAAAUGAACAGACAUAAUGCUAUUUGAUAAAAACCUGGCAUAAGUGACUUGCAUUGUAGAAAAGCAAACUUCCUAUCUUACUGGCUAUUGCAUGUGGGUUUUAAAAAUAUUUUUCAUUCAUUCAACAAACAAUAAUAUGUUGCAUAUUUGGUCAUAAAAUAUAGUAUGAUAUAUCAUCCAAGCCAUUUGUAGUGUAAUUAGGAAAAUAACAAUAAUGAAAUGACAAAAUGAUACUCCUGGAAACUAACAUGUAUUAACUCUUUGUUUCAGGCUAGGUAUUCUACUAACUGUUUUUAAGACAUAUCCCAUUUAUUCUUCCAAAACAGCCAAAUGAAAUAUAUAUUACUAUUAGUGAUAUAUUACAGAUGAUGAAACAGAUUUAUAGACAUUUAGGCCACCAAAGGCCAUGUGAAUAACAUGAGGCACAGUUGAGAUUUGAAGCCAGGUGUUCUGUAUCUCAAAUGCUAUGCUCUUCACCACUGUAUUACAUCCUCUGCCAAAGUCAUCUGGCAGAAAUAUUUCAAGAUCAAAAGUAAGACCUGGAUCUCCAUGAUUCCAUCCCAUCUUAAAAAGCUGUAGUAACCUUCUUAGAAUAUACUUUAGCUGUUUUCUUCAUGGAUAAUUCAUAAUACAAAAGGUAAAAAUAGAUAUGUCAUGGCAUGCAAGUCAUUAGCCCGUGUUGGACAGUCCAAAUAAAAGCUUUAGGAAUGAGGCACACCUGCUAAUUUAUCACAGGGAAUGGGAACUUGAGAGAACUAGAACGAACCUAAAGUAAAUUACAAGGAAGUUUGGAGCAGAUGCUCUGAACCUUUUUCUGCGCUAUGAUCCCUUAGAAAUCUAAUGAAAUUCAUGGAUCUUUCUCCAUAGAUAAACUUACAUUGUUUUCCAUAAUUUUUAGAGUUAUAACAAAUGGCAUUAAAGACCUAUGUGUUUCCUUAACCAGCUAAAGAACCAAGGUAAAGAAUUCAUGGUUCUCAGCUAUACACAGUUUUAUAGAGAUAGACCCAAUAUUUGAUUUCUGAAAAUGAACUCAUGGUAACUCUUUGGAUUUAAGAGACAGACAGAAGCUUAAAAAUGUCAGUUGCAUGUAAUAGCAGAACAAAAUCAGUGGGAAAUGGAGAUGGGAACCUAAAGGCAGUCAGGUCAAUUUUAUUGCCACUGGCAAAGUAGUGAUAGACGGAAUAAAUGUUCCAUGUACCUCACAAAUACGGAGGGCAGCAGUGCGCUGGAGACAGUGCACACCAGCUUGCAAGAGCCUAUUUUUGCAUACCUUUCUAACUAUUCAUUACAUGAUGUCAUAUUAGUAGCUUUAAAUCACUGAUAAUGAAAAUUUUUAUACAUAAACUGGUAUUACAUACCUUAUG